GUACGUCUCUAUUGCACAAGAUGGCAGAGGUUGCAACAAGGGGUCAUUCAUAUGGUGGGACAAAUGGUGGCCCAAAAUCGGUAUUUGAUUUGGAAGACUUUGUUGGGGAUUUAACUGUCGAGGAUGAUGCAAGCAGUGAUGAUAUAUCACUUGAAGGACUAGAGCAAGAGUUGGAAGAAUGUAAAAAUGAUGAUGUAGUUGCAAACAUACUGUCUAAAGGUACAAAAUUGCGGGAGUACACGAAGGGUGUUGAAAACAAUUUACGGCAAGUUGAAUUGGAAUCGGUUCAGGAUUAUAUAAAAGAAAGUGACAACCUAGUCUCGCUUCAUGACCAGAUCCGUGAUUGUGAUAGCAUUCUGUCGCAAAUGGAAACACUACUCGGUGGAUUUCAGGCUGAGAUUGGCUCUAUAAGUUCAGACAUAAAGAUUCUUCAGGAGAAGUCAAUGGAUAUGGGACUGAAGCUGAAGAAUCGCAAG